UAUAAGUGGUGAUAAGUUAUUCUCAGAUAUUUACUAAUCACAUUACACUAUGUCCAUUACGAAAUUCACCUGGAAAGAUUUUUCGUGGCUUAAUGAACCUAAAAAAUGGAAACUAACCGAUGAUAUCUUAGAAAUCUUAACCAAUUAUGAAAGUGAUUUUUGGCAAGAAACUUUUUACAAUUUCAAUCAUAACUCAGGGCAUGUAUUUGGAAUCUAUGUUAAGGAAAAUUUUACAAUGCAGGUGUGCGUAGAAGCAAAUUUCGAAGAGCUAUAUGACCAAGCAGGUGUUAUGAUAUAUUCAGACGAAAAGCACUGGCUUAAGGCUGGUAUAGAAUUCAAUGACGGACAACCAAUGAUCGCUAGUGUUUUUACUAACGAACUAUCUGACUGGGCAACAGGUAUAUUUACUGGCAACCCUGGAAAAUUUUGGAUGCGCAUUACAAGAGUCGAUCGUGUAAUUUGCGUUAAAUAUUCAACGGACAAAAUUGCUUGGCAUCUUUUACGUCUAUGUCCAUACCAGGAAGCCGAUAAAUAUUUUGUUGGAGUAUUCUCUUGUUCACCCAAGAGAGAAAAAUUAAAAGUUAUCUUUCGUGAGCUUUCUUUUUCAGUACCACAAGAAGAUAUUCUCCAUUCAAAUUGAAUUUUGUUGUAUGGCCAGAUCAGAAAUGUAUGCAUUCGUUUCAUGAGGCCGCCACAAUCGCCUUCGAUAUUGCAACCUUCUACAUUUACGUCAAUAUUUCCAACGAACCAAUGCCAUUUAAAAUUUAUAAUUUUUCUCUGCGGCUAGACAUAUUUUUUUUGGCAUAUUAACAUAAAAAUGAUUACGAACUCAAAAAUUACACCGUGAUUAAAUUGAAAUGCUUUGACAACUCGACGACGAACAAUAACGUCAAAGCCAUGGCAACAAUUUUUUUUAUGAAAAGGAACCGGUAAAAGUUAUUAGAAGCCGGCAUGUUUAGGGAUGUGAAUCAAUAAACCGAAAACUAGUAAAUUCGUUAGAAAUGAAUUCAUUAAAAAUUCCUUUUUUUUCUUGUUUUUUU